GAACUCAUGAUCAUUUUGCCCUUUUGUAGACCUGAUCUGUAGCAUGUGAUUAGCUUGGGUCUUGGUGAUCCUCAGUGGAUGAGCAAGAGAGUGAGGAGGCCAGUGGUCUCCUGUGAAAGAGUCGCUUUGAUUCUUUGCUUGACUCCAAGGAAAACAGGGUGAGGGACUGUAGGAAUAAGCCCUCCUUUCCUCUUUCCAAACUUCUUAGAAAAGAAGACAGGCCAGAGAAAGGGCUGGGCUGAGAAAGAGCGAUGCCUCAGAGGCUCAUGAGUAAAAUGGGGAUGAAUUAAGAACAAGGAAUGGCGGAGCUCCAUGGUAGCUCCCAAACUUGCCCUCUCACUCUCCCCAUUAUGGUUCCUCUGAUGCCUGAGGGGCUUCAAUGGGAGGAACCCAAACUACUGUCUAACUACAUUGAAUUCACCCCACUUUUCAUUUUGCCUUUUUCUUUUCUUUUUUUCUUUUUCAUUUUGCGGCCAUUAAACUUCCCGUAGUUGAGUUUAGCUUUCCUCAGACCAUUUUUCUAUGUCCAGGUCUUAGCAUAGUUUAAGCACUAGUGGACAUUUAAGGGGGGUGGGGGGGGGUGGGACGACAUUCUUGUGGAUGUAAUCGGUUACCGGUUGUCCUACAGUGUGCAAAGCCGUUGUCCCGUAGGACUUUUGUAUGCUCUCAGGAUCAGGAAGGACAGAACUCACUAUCCUCAGCUACAGAUGAGUCUGAGUGAGAGCCAGCAACCAGCAGCCACGCAGAAAUCAGCCAACUAAAUCUGACAGGCCUCGCUCUGGGGGUCCAAACUCUCCGUACCCCGGCGGCUCAGACCUCCGGGACUUGAGAGGCUCAGUCGAUCUGCUGACAGAAAACCGAUAUGGCGACCACUCUGGGCAGCGGAGAGCGCUGGACCCAAGCUUACAUUGAUGCAAUUAGAAGAAACAAAUACCCAGAAGACAAGCGGCCUGACAGCCAUGAUCCUUGCGGCUGCUGUAACUGCAUGAAGGCGCAAAAGGAAAAAAAGUCUGAGAAUGAGUGGAAUCAGACGCGGCAGGGAGAGGGGAACGCCACUUACACAGAGGAACAGCUACGUGGGGUACAAAGAAUCAAGAAGUGCAGAAAUUACUAUGACAUCCUGGGUGUUUCUCACAAUGCCAGCGAUGAAGAGCUUAAGAAAGCGUACAAGAAGCUUGCCCUGAAGUUUCACCCCGACAAGAACUGCGCUCCUGGAGCAACAGAGGCCUUCAAAGCAAUAGGAAAUGCCUUUGCAGUCCUGAGCAAUCCCGACAAGAGACUCCGCUAUGAUGAAUAUGGAGAUGAGCAGGUGACUUUCACUGUCCCUCGAGCCAGAUCUUAUCAUUAUUACAAAGACUUUGAAGCUGACAUCUCUCCAGAAGAAUUAUUUAAUGUGUUCUUCGGAGGACAUUUCCCUUCAGGAAAUAUUCACAUGUUCUCAAAUGUGACAGACGACAGUCAGUAUUAUCGCCGGCGACACCGCCACGAGAGGACACAGACACAUAAGAGAGAGGAAGACAAAUCUCAGACUCCAUAUUCGGCAUUUGUUCAGCUGCUUCCAGUUCUGGUGAUUGUGACUAUUUCUGUCAUUACUCAGCUGCUCGCUGCUAAUCCCCCAUAUAGUCUGUUCUAUAAAUCGACCUUGGGCUAUACCAUUUCUAGAGAAACGCAGAACCUGCAGGUGCCUUACUUCGUGGAUAAAAACUUUGACAAGGCCUACCGAGGCGCUUCCCUUCGUGACCUGGAGAAGACAAUAGAGAAAGACUACAUUGAUUACAUCCAGACGAGUUGUUGGAAGGAGAAACAGCAAAAGUCGGAGCUGACCAAUUUGGCGGGGUUAUACAGAGAUGAGCGACUGCGGCAGAAAGCAGAGUCACUGAAACUCGAAAACUGUGCAAAGCUUUCCAAGCUCAUUGGCCUGCGCAGGGCCGGCUGAGAGGCCAGCGACCCUACUCUGGGUGGGGGGUUCUUACCCGUUACAAUUGCAUUGCAAAUCCCAUUUUAUAAUACAAGUUAGGAGAUAUGAGCACUUUACUCUCUGCUGACUUUGUUGGGCAGAGCUGCAGUGAUUGGAGACUUGUCCCCUCCAGUCCUUCCCCAGGCCUGGCUCCCAGGGCAGAACAGUUGGUCUUAGUCACAGGCAUGGUAAAGUUUGGACCCAACUCCUCUGUGAAGUAGGUCAGGGCAUUCCAGAGACGACCCAUGUUUCGUCCUUCAUCCUGUCUGCAGCAAAAGCCCACUACCUAGGCAUGUCUAGGCUUAGCCAGUGCACUGCAGAGUAUUGGUGGUGUCUGCCAAGAAUUAUACCUCUCCUGCUGUAAAGUCACCACCUCCCCUGAUUUUCAGUUUUCCACUCCCUAAGGACUGUAGAGAAAUUGAACUACGUAGCCAACAGUUCAGUGUUAUCCAAAUCUCUGUUGAGUUAGGACCAUAAGCAAAGCUGCCUGAUUUGAGGUUUCUUUUUUUGAGAGAAGGGCUCACUCUGCAGCCCAGACCAGUCUGGAACUCACUACCUAGUCCAAGCUGGCCUGAGUCUGCAGUGAUUCUCCUGCCUGAGCCUCUUGAGAGCUGUGAUUUCAGUUGUGAGCCACCAUAGGUGAGGCUCCUUUAUUGUCUUAGUCUUCUCUUUCAGAAGGUCUAAGAAGUAAAACCUGGUUGAGCAGGCUGGGUUUGGUGGCCUACAUCUUUAAUCUUAGGACUCAGGAGGCACAAGCAGGCCAUUCUCUCUUAGUUCAAGGCCAGCCUGGGUUACAUAUCAGUUCCAGACCAGCCAAAGUUACAUAAUGAGACCUUGCCUCAAACAAACAAACAAACAAACAAGCAAAAAAACCUGCUGGGCUUGGAGACAGCUCAGUGAACAGUCCAGCAGCAGGUAGCAGGGCUAAGGGAGAAGGUGAAAUCUAAGACUGUCAGCUCUUCACUGUAGAUCCCCUGGUCCAUUUCUGAACUGGAGAACACUCUCUGUGUCCCUCCCUUUAAAUCAUCAUUUAGUGUUAACGGUUGUAUGAUGAGCACAGGAAUGCACAGAAGGGCAGGAGCCAAACUGGAGAGGAGACACAGGCACAGAGACACAGAGGGAAGAGUCUGUCACCGUGGCAUGGGAGGCUCAGAGUUAGCAGCCAUUUUGUCUGGCUGAGUGCCCUGCACAUUUUAGUGUGAGAUAGUGAUGUGACCUUUCACCCAUUCAAUAUUUAUGAAGUGCCUACUGCAAAGAGGCCUUUCAAACUCACGUGGUGUUCUGUUUUAUUUUGUUUUUUCACUUAUUCCUCAUAACAGUUUGUGAAACCGGUAUGUUAGCCCUUUUAUGAAUUGGCCAGAGAGGAUGAGUGGUCGGCCUAGGUCAUAUGUCUAGGUGAGGAAAGACUGUGUGUGAGAAGUCAUCCUUUUUCUCGGGUGAUUCUAGCCAGUUUGGCAAAGCAGACUUACCCAUCCUCCAGGACACCUCCGCCCCCACCUCGCAUCCUUUCCAGGCCAUCCUGAGUCCCUACAGGGCUGCUUCCCUGCUGGGCGUUUAGAAGCAGGAUCAGGGCUGGAGAGAGGCUGGGCAGUUAGAAGAGCACUGGCUUCUCUUCCAGAGGACUCAGGUUCAAUUCCCCGCACCCACCUGGUGGCUCCCAACAUUCUGUAACUCCAGUUCCAGGGGACCUGACCCUCUUUGGCCUCCACAGGCAUUGCCUGCACCUGGUGCACGGACACACAUGCAGGCAGUGUAACACCCACAUACAUUUUUUUUUUUUAAAGCAGGACACUUGAUUCAAAUCCUUUAGAGGCAGAAAAAGCAACUCUUUCUAGAACUAAGUCAAGGAUUGCCUAGGCUGUGUGGUUGGGCCUUCCUGUGGAGGUCGGAUUUAGAUUUGAGUUCCUGAGCUGCCCAGAUUAUCAUGAAACUGAAUUUAAAAGAAGCCGGUAACUGAUUUAUAGUCUUUUUUUUUUUUCUUUUUUUUUUUUUUUUAGGUAGGGUCUCAUGUAGCCCAGGCUGGCCUCAAAAUUCAUAUACAGUCAAAAACCUUGAACAACUUCUUGAUUGUUUGGGUUUUGUUGUUUUGUUUUAAAUUUUUAAUUUUAUGUAGCCCUGGCUGUCCUGGAACUCACUGUAGACCAGGCUGAUGUUGAACUCAGAGAUCUGCCUGCCUCUGCUUCCUGAGUGACGGGAUUAAAGGCAUUUACCACCAUGCCCGGCCCUGUUUGUAUGUUUGUUCGUUUUUUGAAAGGUUUUUCUGUAUAGCCCUGGCUGUCGUGGAACUCACUUUGUAAAUCAGACUGGUCUUGAACUCACAGAUCUUCCUGCCAAUGUCUCUGGAGUGCUGGUUAUCUGGAUUCAAGGUGUGUGCCACCACUUCCCAAGACAUUGGACUUGUGAUUCUCCUGCCUCUACCUCCUGAAUGCUAGAGUUAGACCUGGUUUCUGUGGUACUGGAGAUUGAGCCCAAGGCUUUGUGCAUGCUAGCCUACCGAGCUACAUCCCCAGCCUUACCUUCCUAAUUUUUUGAGAAUCUCUUUAACUUAUGAGCAGCAAGGAGUUUAUUUUGUAAAAUGUGUCAGGCAUGGUGGCAUAUAGCUUUAAACCCAGCACUCAGAAUUCAGAGGCAGACGGAAUACUGUGAGUUCAAGGCCAGCUGCUCUACACAGAAAGUUCACAGCGAAACCUUGUCUCAAAACAUACGUUGUAAAAUGUACCUAUGAACCAAACUUAAGGAAAGCUCCUAGACAUGAAAGCUUCCCUCUCCCAGCCCCAGGCUCUGCUAGAAAAUGCACUGUUAUGAAACUGCCCUGACAGCGUAAGGCCCCUCCCACUAGACGACUUUUACUAAUUCUGUAGAUUUCCUGGCACUGAGAGUUAUCUGUGAGGUGAUGAUAACCAGAGACAACACUAACAGCUCCGUCAACUGUUGCACCUAUUGUCUGUUCUUACAGCCUGGUGGCACUGUUUUAUUUAUUACUGUAGCCUACAGUACUCAUAUCCUGUUUCCUUGCUUCAGUUGAAAGAUAAUAUGGCACUAUCUAGAAUAGUGUUAAACUCUUAAUUCCUUGCUUACAGUUUAGAUAUGUUGUCUGUGUGUUGGUGAACAAAGUUUUGUUCUCCUGCCUACAUCUUUUGGGAGACUUCCUGGCACAGUGAGUUCUCUGCUGGGGCUGUUUUUGCUCUGUGUGUGUGUGUGUGUGUGUGUGUGUGUGUCUCACAGAUUGAGACCACAGAAUGGAGACUGACGGGAGUGAGGCUCGCACAGGAGUGGAAGCUGCCAUUCCCGAGAGGUGCUUUCUUUAGUGAGAGGGAGACAGAAAAUCCUUUUCCUUCUAUGGAACAGUAGAGCCUGAAGGGGCAAGUUCAUCACUCAAGCCAGGAAAACAUCUCCGCUUCACUGACCGGCGCCAGGCCUCACAGCUUGGGAGAAGCGACCUACGGUAAGGAAAUAGCAUUGCUCUGCAUGCUUAUGGGAACUGUUAGAAAGGACAAGAAGUGCAGAACCCUGCUGGAGCCCGAUCCAGCCAGCUGCUGAAUUCUCCAUCCGCAAGUCUCCAUCCUCACUCCUCUGAACUGGCGCUGCCAGAGGCACCUUGGGAAUCCCAGCAGGUUCCUGUUGCAAAUGGCCCUCACCACCAACUCAUUGUCUCUGCAUGCACGGCUCCUCCCAGGGGCUGGCGUUAAAUCUGUACUCACUUAAGGUGUUAGAUUGGUGUCCUAAUCCCUUUAUUUUGGGAAGGGGCCAAGUUACUAAACACCUUGACGUUUGGGCCUGUGCUGUUGAUACCUCAUGCAGUAUCAAGUAACUGUUACAUCCUGAGUACAUUUGCAUUUGGGGAGGUGGAGAAGGGAAUGUUCUGGGGCCAGAGUCGGGGUUGACAUAUGUGAAAUCAGUUGGCAGUGAAAAAUGCUGAGAACUCUGGUCACCUGACCCAUGGCGUUUGGAGUGAGUUUUAACAAAGUGAACAUUAAACGAUUUUACAUACAAAA